ACACUCUUUAUUUUUUUAGAAAAAACGUUUAAAGAAAUCAGAGGGGGCAGUUAAGUUGUCCCCAAUCCCCACCAUCCUUGAAGAUGAAGAAAGAGAGAGAAUUAAGUCCUAGUAUUGUCGCAUUUACAUAAUCAGCAGCUGCGCACAGCUACAGUACAGACGGACAAUAGCAGUCCAGAGAUUUUUGUUCGACAAACUUCGAAUUCGUUAAAAUAUCGCACGCAAAACCGAGAAAUAAGAUCACAAAUGUAGAAUGUGUGUUUGACACCUGCUUGUUCCUUCGUCAAGAAGCCAGCAUGGACCAAUCUCAACCUGUAUUUAAUCACAGCGACCAUCCUCCAUUCAGGUUACCAGCGGGUCAUUACCAAGGAAGCCCUGCUCAGAUGAAUGUUGGAGUAAUGUCACACGCAGAACACAUUCCCCAAACCAUUACACCUGGUGCUCAGCAUGCACAUUCUUCUGGCAUGCCAUUCAGCUUGCCCUGGUCAGAUCAUCACGUUCAAGGGCAACCCAAGAAUGAAGCUACUACCUUCAAAGAAGAAAGUGAUCCUCAUCAGCAUACUGAGAAAGUUGAUGCAUUGGACCAGGAAUGGCCAGAUAGGAAAUCGCCCAUUCUUCCAAGUAAAGCUAAAGUUAAAAGUAAAGAAGAGAUCACGCCAGUGGAUUUUGCUGAAGAAGAGGUGGUCAGUAACUUUGUUCCUCUGUCAUGGACAAAGAAUUUCACUAAACCUCAUACAGUGUCAAAGUCAGAGGAUGGUGAUGUCAAACCUUGUGAUUCCACUGAGCGCAAGGAUACCAGAGAACAGAGAGCUGAAGAAGAGCUUGCAGCAGUACAUGCUUUCAUGUCCAUGGAACCUUCUGGGUAUACCUGUAUUCAAUGCGGUCAUGUUGUUCAUCGUAGCCAGCUUGCGAAGCACAUCCGAAUGCACACAGCUGACAGGCCUUUCAAGUGUGAAGUAUGUAAACGAGCCUUUCGUCAGAAGUCAAAUCUGAUUGUCCACAUGCGCAUGCAUACAGGCGAACUUCCAUUCAAGUGCGAUUUUUGCGAUAAAGCAUUCCGUCAGAAGUCCAUUCUCGUGACGCAUGUUCGCACGCACACCCGUGAGAUGCCGUAUAAAUGUCACCUAUGUCCAAAGGCGUUUACACAGAAGUCCAAUCUGGUGGAACAUAUUCGCGUCCACACAGGAGAAAAACCAUACAGGUGCCCAGAGUGUGAAAAGGCAUUUGCUCAGAAAUCUAACUUGGUCGUUCACAUCCGUAGCCACACCGGGGAAGCUCCGUUUAAAUGCGGGGCUUGCGGGAAAUCUUUCCGGCAAAAGUCGAUAUUAACCACUCACAUGAGAACUCAUACUGGAGAGCUGCCUUUCAAGUGUCGGCAGUGUGAACGUGCCUUUGCACAGAAAUCUAACCUGGUGGAACACGAACGUCAGCACACGGGAGAGAGACCCUUCGUUUGUCAAGAAUGUGACAAAGCCUUCAUCCGUCAUCAGGAUCUAUUACAGCAUAUGAGGCAGCACACGGGCCGAAAACCCUACGACUGCGGGGAAUGUGGCAAGAUGUUCAGUCGGAAGAAGCACGCGGAGAAGCACGUUCGUUCGCACAUUAAACACCGUUUCAACUGUGGAGUCUGUGGUCAGGGUUUUAUGGAUGAAAAUCUGAUGGUGAUCCACCUGACCACCCACUGUCAUUGUCAUAUCUGCAGUAUCAGCUUUGAUUCAAAGGAAGAUCUAACUGAGCAUUGUAGACUUCAUGCUAUGGGUAUGCCUGAUAGCGAGGAAGUACGAAUCAGUCAUGACCAGGAAAGCAAAGGCAAUGUAACACAGAACUCCCAUUCUAGCUCCAAACUUCCAUAUGCUGAGACUGUUUCACAUUAUGCAAGUAGCAGCAAAUCUUUGGAAUAUAAACAAGAAGAUACAUUUAAUAGAACUGCUAUUUCUUCACCUUCAUCUCAUUAAACUACUCUCAUAUUAUAGGAAAUAAUUUCCAACUGGUAAAAUUAGAUGAAAAAAUCUAAAACUAUUUCAUAUCAUUCAUGGAAAGAUGAACAGCGCAAGCCACAAAUUUGCUGUGAAAUAUUGGUUAUAAAGCAGUUUAUUCAUUGGCAUUUUUUGUGCAUUCUAUCUUAGAAGGGCCAGAGAGUUACAAAUAAUGGGGAAACUGUAGUUGAUAGCAUUGGCAAAAUGUUUAUUUACGUGCACAUUAUCAUCUGUCCAUUGUGUGAGACUGUGAGUGAUUAAUGUGAUAAAAAUCCAGACAGCCCAAAGUCGACUGAGCUCAGGAUCAUCAUUUACUGCAAGUUGUUGAAUUCUCAACAGUUCCAAGUCUUAAGACGCAUAGGUCUCAUGAUUUUGAAACCCAAGCAAACCUGUAUCAUACUAAGUAAUAUUUCUGGGCCCCGUCUUACAAAGAGUUGUGAUUGAUCCGAUCAACAACGACUAUGGACAGCCAGCAACGUCAACAUCUAAAAUGCAAUUUGUUCAAAAUAUUUUCUAGAUAUGAUGUAUAUUCAUACAUUCUUCAUUCUCUUGAAGAUUCAGUGUGAUUCGCUUUUUUUACUAAGAAGAUUGUGCAAAUUUCCUGUAGAAAAAAUUAUGGUAUGGAUGGAUUUCCAUACAGUUGAGAUUGAUUAGAUCUACAUUGUAUCGUAACUCUUUGUAAGAUGGGGCCCUGGUCAGUCAUUAGAAUGAAACUAAUGAUACUAGUGUCAAUAUGUCAAGUCAUCAAAAUCAUGCAUGUGCAGCUGUAAUGCUUGCAUGUAUAUUACCGAACAAGAGUUUUAUGAAAUAAAUUUCUUAAAUUCUUUUACAUGUAAUUACAUAUGGCCUCCGCUAAUAUUUAUCAAAGAUAGUAACAGUUUACAAAUUAAUCAUUGCUGAACAUUUAUUUAAAUUUAUACAUUUUUUAAAGCAAGUGUAACAAAUCUGUAGUCAUUCGUGAUUUGCUUGUAUUUAUAUCUAACUGAUCCUAAGUUAGAAACUUAAUCAUGAUUCAAUUUUAUGUGAUGAUCUCAUAUGCAGGGAGGUGUAAUAUGUACAGAAAAUUGUCUAGAUAUGAAGUAAAAAUACCUAUUCAUUGUCAAUGUUUAAAACUUCCAGGAUGUUUUUUUGAUGACCUAGAAAAUAAAUAAAUUCAAAGUGUCAAACCAAAUCCUAGACUCAAGAGUACAUGCCAGAAUGGUUUGCAAUAUGCACAGGGUCAUAAAGGUUUGAAACAGUGUGAGGGAACAUGGCAGAAAAAUGUACAUGAAAUUAUAUGUAAGGGUGAAUGGGUCUGAUAGUAUGUAAUAAGUCAAAUGUGAACAAAAUAUUUACAAAGUAAGGGGAGGGGUGUAAUUGUCAGACUUCCAUCUACUUCAUGUAUAAAACUUUUAAAAGAGAUGAACCAUAAUGGCCCAAAUAUUUAAAUAUGGUUUCAGUUGUACUACAUGUAUGAUAUAAAACCAUGGAUUAUUAUGCAGAUUUGUCAUAUUAUUCUGUUUCAUUCAAGCAUGAAUUUAGCUCCAUUUGCACAAGCGCAUUCAUAAUUGGACUUAUCUUAGUGUAAUAAAAUAAGCAUGAUUACAUGUAUGUACACAAAAUCUGAAUAGUCCAUUGCUUUAUACCAUUGUACAAUUGGAACCACCUUUGUGAAUUCAGGCUGAUAGAUUGAAACUUUGACAAAUUUGACUAAAGUUUAGUUUCAGAAAAGGUGUCAAUGUAUAAUUUGAAAAGAUUUGGGGAUUCUGAGAUUAAUAACUGGAUGUAUUAGUAGAUCCUAUUUCCCAGACAAUGUAUUUAAAUGUUUGAUUAUAACUUAUUGCUAUGACCAACUUCACGAUAACAUGUAAAAUGCAGUGAAUGUUGCAAAAUUAAUGAAUGGAAAAUAUUUUAUUCAACAAACAUUAGAUCAUAAUCAUAUAAUCUUGGCUUUUGCCACCUAAGAGUAAGAUAUUGUAGGAUCUCAUAAAACCUCCUUCAUGAUUAAUCGUGCAACUAUUCAUAACCCUUACGAUUGUGUGCAAAAUAUGUUGUAACCAGGGUAGGAAACGUACAUGAGCGAGAAACAAACAUUAUUGAGGAAAGUUUAGAAAACCCCUUUCUACACAGAUGCCUACAGCAGUUGCAAAAAAAGUAGCCCUUGAAAUUAGAGAAAUAGCCCUCAAAUUCAGCAUUACCCCAAUGUGGGGGGGGGGGGGGAAAUAGCCACUUAAAAACUAUUUUCUUCCCCAAUUGUAACUGAAUGGGCGCAAAUGGUACAUGACCAAUUUUGAAAGCCCCUGAAAAAUUAAGUUUUGGUCUGUAGUCAUAAAAAAACAUAAAAAAGAGAAUAAUUUGCAUUGAUCACAAUGUACCUACACACAGUUUACGUCCUUUCGUUCAAAGAAAGUGGUCUAAAUUUGAAGCCUAAAAGCGACCCUGCUAGGACUUGUGUUUUGAAGGCCCUUCAAAUUAAAGGGGUACUCCAGGCUGAAGAUACUCUGAUAUGAACAGAUCAAGAAAAAUGAGACAAACAAAAUACUGAAAAUUUGAUCAAUAUCGGACAAGGAAUGGCAUUUUAAAGAUUUGCAUUAUUUCAGUGAAACAGUUCUAGGCAUGUCUUCAUGAAUAUUCAAUGUGCAAACUGAUUAUGUCGUAUCCCCACUUGUUUUGUAUUUUAUUAAAUGAAAUCAUAUUCAUUUUUUUCCUUUAAAAAAUUGAUUUGCAACUGAUAAUGCAUUAGAUAUUAACUACUGCAACUUUUUUUUUUUUUUUUUUUUGCAAGGGAGACAUAUUCUAUACACAUGUAUGCCAAAAUGAGAUAAUUAUGAUUUCAUGUAAUAACACAAGAAAAAGGAAAGUGGGGAUGUGACAUCAUCAGUCCAGCUAAUGAAUAUUCAUGAUGUGUAUACAACUGUUCUCACAAAAUAUUGCUAAGCUUUAAAAUUCAAUAACUUUGUUAUUAGAUUUUGAUGAAGUUUUCAGCAUUUGCUCAGUGAAUUUUACUCUAUUUAUUACGAAUUUAAUUACUUUUAGCCUGGAGUACCCCCUUUAAUUUCCUUCAGCAAGGAAUUCAUCCACAGUGUGCUGCACUUGUCUGCAGACCAACAUGUAGGCCUACAUAUCUUGGAUACAAGUGCAUUUGUCUGUACUAUCUUGCAACAUUCACAAGUAUACAUUGACUAGUAUACAUUGACUGUACAGUCUAUGCCUUCAAAACAAAUCAAUGGUUUAUGGCAGUUUUUAGCUCAAACAAUAAUAUGUAGUUUUGGAUGUGAAAUUUUGAAUUUUGGUUUCAGGCGAAGGGACAUGCAUCCUUUCCUCAGUGAUUUGAAAGACUAUUUAGCGGAUAGGCUACCUCCAAAUAUGCUCUAGAAGUCUGUCCUGUCCCCUUUACCAAAAGCAAUUAUUUGCUAUAUAUUACUUUAUUCAUAGAAGUUAUGAAUGUAAUUUAUAUUCAUGGAUAGAAGUUGAAAUGAAUUUUUUUUUUAAUGUUACAUAAUCAAAAUGAUGAAGUACUCAUAGAUAAUAUGUAAAUUUGGCCAUCAUGACAUUUUUUAAUAUUUUCUUCAUUCUGUACAAUGAAAUGUAGCAAUUAUAGAAUAAAUAUGAGCUGAUUAUUCAA